UCCCAUAUCCUCGCAUAAACAACUCAGAUGGAUUUCUCCCGACGCUAUCAAGGCUCCUGGCCAACCCGUCCAUCGCCUCUGGGGACCUCACAAGAAUCGCGCAAAGAGCCAUCUCGGAUACAUACCUCGUCGGCGCCCAAUGAACCUCGUCGACCAGAGAAUGAAAGACCCCGACCUACCAACCGCUUCGACUAUGCCUCUCCCACCGCCGCCCAAGUCUACUCGGGCGCAUCGCGUGCGUCAUACCCGCCCCGAGAAAGUAUCAGCGCACAGGCUUCUCCGGUCAGGAGUCAGCAAGGACAUACUCGCCAUACUAGUCUAGAUGGGAGACGCGAUCCAAUGCACCGCAGACAUAACUCCCAGCCACAAGCUGGCUACUCACACGAAGGACAACAAGACUCUUCCGCACCCGCCGGCUUCAACAAUCGCCAAAUGCCUCCUCCCUCCUCACCUCGUUCUUACGCCUCGCGAUCACAAUCGGCAAACGCGCCCGCGCCAUCCCUAGUCUCUCGCGAUACGCUCAAUAACCAGGCUCAUCGACCAAGCAGCAUGUCCAUCUUCGACAUCCUGGAGGGCCCAAAAAACCCGCCAUCCCUGUAUUCACAAUCCUCCGCCUCGUCGCUUCCCGGCACGGCUUCCACAUCUGCCGCAGUGGGCAUGCCAUCAUCCACUGCCCCGACGGGACCAUCUCUGGUAGAUUCUCGCCGCUCCCAAACUCCCGAACAGUCUUAUUUGAACUCGCAGAUAGGUCGGCAUUACCGAUCUGGCUCUGGCGGCGGACCAAGUCUCCUGGGUAGGGAUCUGCCACAAAUCGGGAGCAUGUCUCGCGUUUCUUAUCCCGACAAGCCCCAUUCAACACAACCUUCCCCACAAAACUCACCGAUUGUUCCACACCACGGAUCCCGUCGCAUGAGCAGUGGCACGAUCCCUCGACCGAGCAGCCAGCCACCUAACGCGGAGGCACCUGCGCGUCAACCGGGCUACAGUCCGCUCUCUCGCGCUGGGUCCGAUCGAUUUGAGCCUGAGCAGCGACCCCCUGCGAAAUAUUCGGGUCUCAGUUCCCACUCAGGGACUGUCGGGUUCUUUGGGGAUCAGGAUCGGGAGCGUGUAGCUCAUGGGAUGGAGGCAAAGGGACAACCCACAGGAUCCAGCUCGCGCUAUGGCGAACCAAAGCCUGUGGGCCGUCAUCCUUGGGACCAGGAUCCCUCAUCCCGGGAAAGCAAGCGCGCGCCUGAAUCAGCUUCGGGUUAUGAGCUUGGAGGAUUCGGAGGUAUUCAAAACUACACCAAAUCUUUGGGCUCUCAACCUGGUGGCGGUCGUCAGCCGUCAUCGCUGCAAACUGGACACAGCCAGUCGACACCUUCUCGCGAAUCGCCCUAUCUGAGUAGACAGCCACCUCCACGAAUGGGAUCCACUCCAAAUACAGAGGCAGCUGGAGCAGGACUUCUUGGUCUAGCUGCUGCUGGGGGAGAGGCACGACGCAAGGGAAGUGAUGAUCUCCUGCAGCCCCAUUUGCGUGCAGUUGGUGUCGGUGGGAAACUUGGUGGUCGCGCAUCUCCCCUCCCUCAAGCUGUUCAAGGUGCGCAGGCCCCGUUUAUCAGUCAAUCCGGGGAGCCUAGUAUCAAGAAUGAGCUGGGUAGGGUGUUCUCCGGCAUUGGAAGCGGUGUCGGUGGUGUGACCGCUGGUGCAUCUGGCAGUGGGCCAUCGACGCCAUUGAUCGCAAGUCCAUUUAAGCACCACAGCGCCACUGGUCGCUCUGUAAAUGGGGACGGACUUGAUGAUGGUCGAGUCUCUCGUUCACUUUCCGCCUCUGGCAACAGGCGAUCAAGGAAGUCUAGGACUGAACAUGAUGCUCACCAACAUCGCCCACGUAAUCUCUCACAUCACCCAGAUCACCUACAUUUCCCAAACCACCAACAUCAUCACCACCACCAUCACCAUCACCACCACCACCACCUUGACCCUCACAAGGACCCUCAAAAGGCAGAGAAAGAAGCAGAUUCCUUAGCCGGGCAUCAUAAUGCUUCCCGCUAUGAAGGUUCAUGGCCUCCUACCGCCGUGCCACCCCCUAUCCGAGCGCCUCGCACCACUGUGAAUCUGGAACCUAUUCUCUCCAGCGUCGCGCAUCUUCCUCGUCAUCACCUAGGAUCAACGCUAUACACCCCUCGCAUCAGUACUCCGUCGACCAAGUCUUCUUCAGAAAGUUCGAAAUUUGGUUACAGCACGACUCCACAACCGCUUCCACGAUUUGAACAGCGUGAAAACUGCACCUUUACUAUUCGUGUACCACGCUUCCGAGUUGAUCAGAGUCACCGCGAAGAGAUAUGCGCAAGGCGAGCCCUGUGGGGUACCGGCGUGUACACGGACGACUCUGAUCCUGUCGCCGCCGCCAUCCACUCGGGCUUCUUCCGAGGUGCCUGGAGUGAGGAUGUAGAGUCUAUGCUCGAUCUAGAAAUCAAAGACACCUACCAGCACGCCCCGCCAGCCCCGGAGGCAGAUGCCUCAAAGCCAGGCUCCCAGGCCAAUGGACCUCGUCUACCGCCCAACCCCCCGCCCAACCAAGAUCUUCAUAUCACACUUCUGAUCCUCCCCCGGUUGGAGCGGUACGAUGCGACAGUCAUGUUUGGACUUAAAUCCCGCAAGUGGGAUGGUCGGCAUGACGGCAUGAGUUUCAAGGUACACCGCGUAGACUGGGUGGAUGAUGGAGUUGGACGCGGCGAGGAGCGAGGCGGCGAAGCCCGACGCAAGCGGCUGCGAACUCUAAUGCAGACUGGUCGCAUCUGCACGGGGCCCGCGCUAGCCAAGAUGGAUGAGCUUCGGCGAAGCGGAGUGCAGGUUUCCCGGAACAUUGACGGUCAGGAGCAGCCAACGCCCGUUCAACCGGUCUCCUAG